AUGGGGGCAGAGAACCCAUUGGGCAGUGCUGAAGACCCAGCCCGGCUCCAGCUUCUUUGAAAGAACUCCAGCCCCUCACCCACAGCCCUCUGCUGCCCACAGGAUGGGAGCCUGGGGGCUGGGAACCCAGCCAUGAGGGACUGCUGCCCCUCCCAGCAGAAGGCCAGCCCUGCACCCUCUAGGCACAAUCCUGCCCCAAGCCCAGGCAUGGACUCCAGACACAGCAGCCCCACUGGGGCUGGGGAAGGGGCCUCCUGUUCUGAGGGCCCUGGCGGGAGCUUGGCCUGCCCCUCCCUGACCUUCAUCCCUCCCCAAGAGGCAGCUACCAAGGAGACACUGGGGGCACAUGGAGCCUUGAUCUCAGGGACACCAGAAGCCACCUUCUCUGGGAAGCCAGAACCUGUGUUCUCAGCGAAAACUGAUCCCUCAUCCUUGGAGAACAGAAAUCCUAUGUUUUCAGAGAAGAUGGAUUCCAAGUCUUCAAAGCAGGCAGAUUCCACUUUCAUAGGAAAGGAAGAUGCUGGGUCCUUGAGGAAGGCAGAUCCCACGUUUAUAGUAAAGACAGAGCCUAUAGUCUUGGGAAAAGGGGAUCCUGUGGCUUCUGGAAGGAUGGAUCCUGUGACCUCAAGAAAGGAGGAUCCUGGAUCCUUGGGAAAGGUAGAUCCUGUGUGCUCUGACAAGGUGGAUCCAGUGUCCCCAGGGAAGGAAGAUCCUGUAUCCUCUGCCAAAUUGGAUCCUGAGUUCCCAAGAAAGGAGGAGCCCAGGUAUUCAGGAAAAGAGCUUCAUGUGGCCUCAGAAGAGGUGGCUCUUGCAUCUGUGGGGAAGGCAGACCUUGUGUCCUUGGGAAAGAGAGAUCCUGGGCCCUCAGGAAAGAUGGAUCCUGGGUCCUUGGAAAACACAGAUUCUGCAACUGCAGGAAAGCUAGAUCCUGGGUUCUUGGCAAUACUGACUCCAGGGUCAUCAGGCAAAACUGAGCCUGUGUCUCCAGGAACAGUGGCUCUGGGGUCCUCCAGAAGGAUGGAUCCUACUCACUUGGUGAUGACAGAUCCUGCAUCAAUGGGAAGUGCAGAAACUGGGUCCUCCACAAAAGAGGACCCUCAGUUCCUGGGGAAGAUGGAUCCUACCUCCUUGGGAAAGGGAGAUCCCAUGUCUAUGAGAGUGAUAAAAACCAUGUCUGCUGGGCAGGUGGAUGCUGUAUUUUCAGGAAAGAUGGAACCCACAUCUUUGAAAACUGUGGAUCCUGUGUCUUCAGGCAGGGUGGGUCAAGUUUCUUUGGGAAAGAUGGAUCCUGUGCCCUCAGGAAAGCCAGAGCCCUUGUCUACUGGGCAGGCAGAACCAAUGUCUGUCGGAAAGACAGAAACUGUCUCAUCACAAAAGGAGGACCCAAUGCCCUCCACAAAGGCGGAUCCCAUUUCUGUGGGAAAUACAAAAACAUCAUCUUCUGGAAAAGUGAAUCCCGAAUCGAAAGGAAGGAUAGACCCUGUGCCCUCAGGUCCAGGGAAUCCCAAAUUCUUGGGGACAGCAGGACCCUCAUCCUCUGUAAAAGCUGAGACAGUGACUGAGGGGAAAACAGAUCCACUGUCCUCAGAGAAGGCAGGUCCUAUGGCUUCUGGAAUAGUGGGUCCCACAGCCUUAGGGAAGGCUGACCCCCUGGCCUUGGGCAAGGUAGACACUGUGAGCAGAGGGAAGGCAGAAAGUGCUCCCCCUGGAGAAGUGGAUUCUGUGUCUUCGGGAAAAGUGGCCCCCAUGAUCCUAGAGAAAACGGUCCUGGCAUCCUUGGGAAAAGCAGAAGCUGUCCCAGAGGGAAAGGUGGAUCCUUUGCCUCCAGAGAAGGGGAAUCCUAUGAACUCCACAAAGGUGGAUCCCAGGGCCUCAGGGAAGGCAGAACCCACGUCUGAGGGCAAAGCAGAAACAAAGGCCCUUGGGCAGGAGGGCCCUGUUUCAUGGGGAAAAGCAGAGACUGCAUCUCUGCGGGAGAAGCCACUGGCCUUGGAGAAAGGGGAGCCGGAAUCCUCAGGAAAAGUAGACCCUAUUGCCCCUGGGAAGGUGGAGCCUGUGAUCCCGGGGCAGGCCGAUGCUGCGCCUCCAAGAAAAGCAGAGUCCCCAUCCUCGGGGAAGUUGGCCCCCCCGACUCUGGAGAAGGCAGAGGCCUCCUCCUCCAGGCAGUCAGAUGGCAAACCCUGCGGCCCAGGCCCUUCUCCCGCGGGGGCCGGUAGUGGCGGAGGCCUCUUGGAGCCAGUGCCCAGCACGGAGGCCUCCAGCCCAGGCCAGAAAGACCUGGUGGCCGCUGGGGCUGAGAGAAGCCCGGGCCCUGAAGCCACAGGGCCCCCACCCGGGCCGCGGACUCGUGACAACUUCACUAAGGCUCCGUCGUGGGAGGCGAGCGCCCCGCCACGCGAGGACGCGGGGACGCAGGCGGGCGCGCAGGCCUGCGUGUCAGUGGCCGUGAGCCCCAUGUCUCCGCAGGACGGCGCGGGCGGCCCGGCCUUCACCACAGUUUUUGGCUACAAACUGUCACAAUAUACCUUGGUAAUAAAAUUUUCCCCCAGUUCUUGUCAGGUGUGA